AUGGCGCCCGCUAACCUGCCCUCCAUCUUCAACCCCACGAGCGCCGACAUUGAGCAGCUCCUCGCUGCUCAGUGCCACAUCGGCUCCAAGAACCUCAAUGUUCACAUGCAGCCGUAUGUGUGGAAGACCCGCGCUGAUGGUGUGAACAUCAUCAACCUGGGCAAGACCUGGGAGAAGCUCGUCCUUGCGGCCCGCAUCAUCGUUGCCAUUGACAACCCGAGCGAUGUUUGCGUCAUCUCCUCUCGCCCCUUCGGCCAGCGCGCCGUCCUCAAGUUCGCCGCCCACACCGGCGCCCAGGCCAUCGCUGGUCGCUUCACCCCGGGCUCUUUCACCAACUACAUCACCCGUUCGUUCAAGGAGCCCCGCCUGAUCGUCGUCACCGACCCCCGCACCGAUGCCCAGGCCAUCAAGGAGGCCAGCUAUGUCAACAUCCCGGUCAUCGCCCUCUGCGACACUGAUUCCCCUCUCGAGUACGUCGAUGUUGCCAUCCCCACCAACAACAAGGGUAGGCACUCUGUUGGUCUGAUCUGGUGGAUGCUUGCCCGCGAGGUCCUUCGCCUCCGCGGCACCAUCUACAACCGCGAGACCCCUUGGGACGUCAUGCCCGACCUUUACUUCUACCGCGAUCCUGAGGCCGAGGCUGAGGAGAAGAUCGAGGAGAAGGAGCUCGCCGUGGAGGAGGAGGUUGCUGCCGUCGACACUGGCUUCGCUGGUGCUGGCGAUUGGGAAGCUGCCCCUGGCGGCUUCCCGGCUGCCACUGAGUGGAGCGAGGCUCAGGCCGGUUCUUGGGAGGCUGGUGCCGCUGCUACCAGCGAGUGGGCUGCCGAGCCUACUAAGGAUGCCUCGGCUGGCUGGUAG